AUGAAUAAUAAUUUAAAAAAAUUAUUAAGUAAAAUGGAAAUUUAUAAUAAUUUUAAAAUUGAAGAGAAAGAUCAAGAAAUUAAAAUUAAAAAUAAUAAUAAAAAUAAUAAUAAUAAUAAUAAUAAAAAUAAUAAUGAUGAUGAAUGGUUUUGGAAUGUAAUUCAUAAUAAAUUUUUAUUUAAUAAAAUAAUUCAACAUUUAAAAAAUAAUGAUGGUAAUGAUGAUGAUUAUGAUGAUUAUGAUGAAGAUUAUAAAGAUAAUGAAGAUGCAGAACCAAAAGGUGAAAAAUCAAUUGAAGAUAUUAAUUAUUUAAAUAAUUUUAAAGAUAUUUCAUCAUUAGAAUUAAUAAUUGAAAAGAAACAAUGGAAUAUUUUAAAAGAUAAAAUUAAAAAUAAUCAAUUUAUUAGAAUGGAGAAAUCAUCAUUAAAUAUUUUAUAUAGUAUUUGUAAAGAUAAAGAAAUUUUUAAAUCAUUAUAUAAUAAUUCAUGUUUAUCAAUGGAAAUUGUGGAUCCAGUAUUUUAUUCUGCAAAAAAUAAUAAUUUAAUAUCAUUACAAUUAUUCAUUGAAGAAUUUAAUUUACCAAUUUAUCCAUCAACUUUAGAAUUUGCGAUUAUCAAUUCAUCAUUAAAAACCAUACAAUUCCUAAUAGAAUCAAUUUUAAAUAGAAAUUUAUCAAUUGAUAGCUCAUUUAAAGAGAGAUCUUUAAUUUGUAGUUUUAAAAAUUAUAGUAAUAAUUUGAAAUCAGAUUCAGUAAUUACAGAAUAUUUAUUGGAAAAUAAAGAAUUACUAUUAGCAAAUUCAAUUGAUAUUAUUAAAAUUCCAAUUGAAAAAUGUUUAAAAUUAAAAAAAUUAAAAACUAAACAAUUGUUAUUUAAUUAUGGUUUCAUUGAUUUUAAUCAUUCAAUACCAAUUUUAAAAGAAUGGUUAAUUACAAACUAUAAUGUAUUGUCAAUAUUGGAUUUAUGCUUUUCAAUUAAUAUUUUAUUAAAUUGUGAUAAGCAAUGUGUUGAUCUUAAGAAUGCACCACAAUUCUCAAAAGUGAUAGAAUCUAUUAGAGAAAGGGUUGAACAAGGUCCAAUUACAGAUGACGAACAUUCAAAUUUUAAUUUACUAUUAAAAGGACGUUUAAUUCAGUUAAUUAGAGUUGACGAAUUAUUUUUAAAAUUUUUAAAUGAAUUUGGUUUUGAAAAAGGUGUUCAUUCAUUAGCUUAUUGUCCAAUGGUAAUGGUUUAUCAAUAUACUUUUCAAUCAUUUAAUAUUCAUGGAUUAACACAUUUAUCUCAUACACAAACUGAUGUUCCUCAUCCUCAAUCGAAUCCACAUUUUAAACCAAAUAUGUCAACUUUAACUGACCCAAAGAGAAUAUUAAAUUUUAUUAAAUUUUAUUUCAGUUCACAAAAUAAGGUUAUUUAUAAUGGUUGGGAAGAGAUAUCAAAAUUUUGUUUGUUAAAUUGUAGUAUUGAGAUUUUAAAUGAAAUUAUCGCAAUCGAAGGAUACCCAAUUAAAUCAUUUCUAAUUCCAGAUAUACAAUUUAAACAAUUCUCAAAAUAUCAAUGGUUUAUUGAGAGUAUUGUUGUACCAUUUGGUUUGAAGUUACAUAAAAUGGCAAUGUACAAUUCUUAUUUUCAAACUAAUCAAGUUUCAAAAGAUUAUUAUUAUAGAGAAAUUGAUGAAAAGGUAUUAAUAUCAAUUGAAAAAUGUAAUGAAAUUGAUUUCAUUGAUUAUUACAGAAACUAUUUCCAAUUGGGUAAUGAUAACGUUUCAAAUAUUAAAUAUAAGAAAUUAAUUGGUGGUAAUGGAUUCUUUACAAUUAUCAACUCAAUUGAGUGUGCACGUUAUUGUUGUGAAAAAUUUAAAACUAUUCCAAAAGAUUUAAUUUAUUAUAAUUUAAUUGUAAAAACAAUUUUAACAUCAAAUAUAAAUAAAAUGAAAUCUAUAGACACCUAUGAUAAUUGUUCAUUAAAUUAUUUUAAAGGUUAUUUCAAUUUAAAUUGUGGUUCAAUUGGUACUGAAAAUAUUAUAAAAUUAUUCAAUUAUUUAAAUUCAUCAGGAUUUAAAUCAUUUUCAAAAAUAUGUGGUCUAUAUUACUUAUUAUAUAGUUUAAUAAAAUCAUAUAGUAUAUCAUAUGAUAAUAGUAAUAAUAAUAAUCGUCAUCAUGAUAAUAAUAACAAUAAUUCAUUUGAUAUAGUUUAUAAGAUUUUUUCAAAUUUAUCAAUUAAUCAAUUUCCAAAAUGUUUUAUGGAUUUAUUUAUAACAUUAUGUUUUUCAAAAUAUCAAAGAGAUUUAGAAUUGGCUAAAUUAAUAAUUGAAAAAUUGGAUUUUGAUAAUGUUUUAACAGUUUAUCAAUUUACAGAUUUAAAAUUCAAAUUUCAUAAAUAUUUAAUAGAACAAAGUUAUAGUGUUGAUGAUAGAAGAGAAGAUGAACAAUAUGAUAUCAUUUUAUCAAUAAUUCAAAUACUAUUUGAAAAGGUUUCAGAUGAAAAUCAAAAGAAUUUUCAUGCACUUUAUCAACAUUUAUAUAAUAUUGCAUUAUCUUGUAAAGUGACAUCAUUGGAUAAAAUCAAAGUUUUACAUAAUCUUUAUAAUUCAAAAUCAAUACCUUUAAAAAUCGGAUUCUAUCAUUCAUUCUUUUAUUUAGAUAUCAAAAAUACAAAAUUAGGUAGAUAUUAUUUAUUCAUUAGGGUUGAUGGUUUAGAGAAUGAUACAUUCGAGCAUGGUAUGGGAUAUAAUGGUGAUAUCAUUCCUUAUUUUUCAUUAGAUGUUGAAUUAUGUUUUGAUUACAUUUGUAAUAAUUCAUAUAAGGAUAUAUUCUAUUUGUUAAGAACUGUAAUUAUGGUCCAACCAUUACCAGGAUAUAAUGGCAGUGAUUAUUUAAAUGGUACUAAAAAAUGUACAAUCAAUUUAAUUAGUACACGUGGUAAAGUAAAUCCUUCAAAUGAAUAUUCAUAUGAUGAUAAAUCAUUUUGUGAUCAAAAACAAGAAGAGAUUCUAUACAGUUUAAAUCAAGAUAUCGAAUAUUUAUCAACAUUUUCUCAAUAUAAUUUAGUAAUUAGAUUAUUAAAAGACUCUAUGGAAGCUAGUGAAAUCGAUUCAGAAACUUUAAAAGACCGUACUAAAUCGUUCUUAAUUUGUGGUAUCGAUUGUAAAUCGUUAAGGAAAAUUAUUAAUCUUGGUAUUAAAGGUUUGGAUUUUGAAUUAUUGGAACAAUCAUUCUAUGAAUUACGUUUAGACUUAAUCGAAUGUAUUAUGAAUAAUUAUAGUGACUCAAUUUUAAAAUCUGGUAAAAGAUUAAAAAAUGAUAAACAUUUCCUUUUUCAAUCAAAUCAUUUAGAUAUCAUUGGAUUCAUAUUUGAAAAUUAUAUUCAAUUAAUGCCAGAAUUUGAUUUAACUUGGUUUGAAAUAUCAUUUGAAAAUGGUUUAAUAGAAAUGUGUUUAUUAAUUUUAAUGUUUUAUCCACAACAACAAAUCAUUAUAACAAAUGACCUUUUAGAAAAAACAAUUCAAAACAAAAAUAUUAAUAUUGUUAAAUAUUUUUAUAAUAAUUAUCCAUCAUUUAAAUAUUUAAAAUUAAAUAUUCAAUCACUAAUUAAAAAAUAUUAUUUUUUAGAUUAUAAAUAUUUUGAUUGGAUUUUAAAUUAA